GACUCCGGAGGGGAGGGGACUCGGUGCGAGAGGCUCAGUGGGGACAGUCCCGCGAGGGAGACAAAGAGCGUCCGGAGAGCGCGGCGAGCAUCGCUGCCACUCAGCCCGGCGCCUCGCCUCGCAGACUUGGGGACCCCGGGUUUGGGGCGCGCUGCGGAGCAGGCACGGGUGCUGGGGGGGACCCACGGAGCUACGAGAGAUGCGGACGCCGGUGGUGAUGACCCUGGGCAUGGUGCUCACGCCCUGCGGGUUGCUGCUCAAUCUCAUCAGCACGCUGGCCCCGGGCUGGCGGCUGAUGAAGGGCUUUCUGGACCAGCCGGUGGACCUGGUGCUGUACCAGGGCCUGUGGGACAUCUGCCGCGAGCAGAGCAGCCGCGAGCGCGAGUGCGGCCAGCCCGACGAGUGGAGCUACUUCGAGACCCAGGUGGUGCAGGUGGCCCGGGGACUCAUGAUCACGUCGCUGGCCACCACCGCCCUGGGGCUGCUGCUGGCGUCGCUCGGCGUGCGCUGCUGGCAGGAUGAGCCCCACUUCGGGCUAGCCGGCCUCUCGGGCGUCGUGCUCUUCGCCGCUGGUCUCUUCAGCCUCAUCCCGGUCUCCUGGUACAACCACUUCUUGGCGGAUCGCUCCGUCCUGCCCGCCCCGAGCAACCCGGUCACCGUGCAGGUCAGCUACAGCCUGGUGCUGGGCUACCUAGGCAGCUGCCUGCUGCUGCUGGGCGGCUUCUCCCUGGCGCUCAGCUUUGCUCCUUGGUGCAAAGAGCAUUGUCGCCGCUGUCGCAAGGCGCCCCCCUCAGGCCCGCGCCGCAGCAGCAUCAGCACCGUCUACGUGGACUGGCCGGAGCCCGCGCUCACACCGGCCAUCAAGUACUACAGCGACGGUCAGCAUCGGCCUCCUCCCACCGAGCACAGGGCCGCCGGCAAGCUCAAGGUCGGAUUCCCCAUGCCACGGCCGCCACCCAAGGCCUACACCAACCCGAUGGACGUGCUUGAGGGAGAGGAGAAGACAGCCACCUCCCAAGGCGGCUCCUCCACUCGCAGCACUCGGCCCUGCCACAGUUCGCUGCCCUGUGACUCUGACCUGUAGGUGCGGCUCACGCCCUGUCUCUUUGAGCUCCGCCUGGGGUCUAAGGGUGUUUUGAAUUUGUGUGUUACCGUGACAUCUGCCACCAGAACCCUGGACACUUUUCUCUAACGGGAGGGCAAGCCUUCCUUUCCUGGAACAAAAAUCUCCAGAUACUAGAUUGGGUUCAUUCAUCUUUUAAGGAGUUUCACUUUUGUCUCCAGAGCGACCUGGUCUUAUGCAGGGACAAUAGUAGAUGGCGUUUUUUGCAUAACUGCUAAUCUCAGUAGACACCAAAAAACUGCAGUCAGCCAAUCGGCUUAUAAAAGAGGCGCAGCACCUUGAAAGUACAGUAUUCUAGGCUGCCCGGAGUCUUCACAAAGUCACUAUUGAGGUGUUUUGUUUUGUUUUUCUCCCUGCUUCAGUUUCCAGCAAACUUGAGUGGCCAAAAGUUUAAGUCCGGUUGUGUUUGAAGGAUGUGCCAUAAAGACAGCAGCUUUCAUGGCUCUUAGGAGGUGAAGUAACUUGUUCACCUCGUAUUUGUAUUUCUUCGCGCAUACAUAAUAUUUAUCUUUCCUAAUUACUUACUACUGUGUAGGAGGCUGAGCUAAUUCAAGAGGCUGUCUUGCAGAAGCCAGGUGAAUGAAAGAGUUAACACAACACCAUCCUUUUCUCUAGAUACCUCACCCUGAACAGAGAUAUAUUUUAUACAAAACGAACUGUUAAGUUGCAUUUGGCUAAAGUCCAUAUGUGCUUAUCUUAUUUAUAAAUAAAAAUCGCAAAUGCCAGUUUUGGUAUCGUU